AUGAGCGCCGCUGUGUGGGACGCGGAAAAGGGAGGAGCGACUGCUGCCGUAGCAGCAGCAGCAGCAGCAGAAGGUUCGGCGGAGAACUGGGAGCCGGCGUCGCAGGCUGGGAUCGGCGGCGGCGUCGACUCGGCGGGAGGCUCGGGCUAUCCCGAGACGAAGGACAACGGCGAGGAUGCCGCCGCGAACCUUUUCGGGAACGAUAUUCCGGACGAGGACGGGGGGACGGGCGGCGACGGCCCUGCUAUCGUGAUAGCUUCCAUCCCCCCGGCGGCGGCCGACGGGGUCGUCGGCAGGGGCGGCGGGCUCGGCACCCGGGGCUCGGCGGCCGGCACCGCCUUUGCCUCGGGAACGAGCACGCUGACGAAGCGCCGGAACUCCAUGGCCUUCGAGAUCGCCCGGGUGGAGCGGGCCGGCAAGGCCGUGCUUGCGAACCCCGAGAAGGCCAAGCGGGCCUGGGAGCUGUCCCGGCCGCGCUUCGUUGAGGAGAGCUCGGUCCACGGGCCGGCGAUGGGAGGGAGCGGCGGCGGGGGAGGGGGAAGGGAGGGGAAAACGAGGGCGCGCUUGCCCCCCGGGCAGGAGAACAGGAACGCGGUGCCCUACGGCGUGUGGAGCACGAGCUGGGCGCAGAUGGGCGACUUCGGGCUCGACGUGGGCAUGUAUUUCGUGACCCUCGCCCAGCUUGUCGGGGCCGUGCUCGUGUACGCGGCGCUCUGCGUCGUGGCCAUGGUCCACUUCUCUAGCGAGAACUACUCUGGGCAGCAGGCGGGAGUGCGGGCCGACCUCAGGGGCUCCGCGGUUUGCACGGCCUCUAAGGAGGUGCUGGCCUUCCCGCGGGAUAGCUGGGACUUUAGAGACACGUUCGACAGGAACGACUGCCCCCUCGACUCCAAGCAGGGCUACGCCGACAUGGCGGGCGUGCUGCUGCUGUUCAUGCUGCUGCUGCUCCUGGGGAAGGCGCAGGAGAAGGCCGCCGAGUACACCGCGACACAGAUCCACUCGGCCCAGCCAUACACGGUGAAGGUGUCAAGCCCUGACCCCCUUGCGGACGACCCCGAGCGGUGGAGGAGGCUGUUCGCCCAGUUCGGGCACGUCUCAUACGUGACCGUCGCUCGCGGCAACGGCGCGCUGUUGCGGGCGAUGGCAAAUCGCAGGGCCGUCGGCCGCCGGCUAGAAAGCAGCACGCCCGAUGUCGCGGAGAUUGUGGAGGCGUACAGGUCGGUGGACACGAAGGAGCCGCCCACCUCGGGUGCUGGAGGAUGGUGGAAGGCGUUCUUGCGGCCUUGCGGGUUCUCCAGGGACACGAAGUUCUGGGCGCGGGAACUGUGGGACGCACAUCGGCAAGUGGAGGGCGAGAUCAUGAAAGGCAUGCACGACCAGGGGCUGCCUGUGGUGAAGGUUUUCGUGACGUUCGAGUCGGAUCUGAGCCAGGCGCGGUGCCUGUCCCACAUGAGCCGUGGUAUCCUCGACGCCCCUGAGGAGCAGCACAUGUACACCAACCCAGACGGGUUCAAGACGGCGCUGCACGUGAUGCCGGCAUCGCCCGCGUCGGAGGUGCUCUACGAGAACCUUCACAUUGGCGCCAUCCACAGGAUCGCGGCACAGGUGCUUACGUUCGUGCUGACGACCAUGAUCGUCAUCAUCUCCUUCCUUGCGGCCCGCGAGCUUGAGGCCAUCGGCGUUGUCGCGACGGCGUUGGUGAUUACGGUCGUGGAUGUCGUUCUGCCUCCCCUCGUGCGCCUCAUCUGUUCCGUGGAGAAGCACCACAACUCCGUCUCGCACGACCUGAGCGUCAUGAACAAGCUUACACUGGCGCGCUGGGCCAACCUCGCGGGCAUCCCCUUCUGGCUGAACGACCGCCUGGGGACUCUGACCGAGAGCAACCUUGAGCUGGUCGUGACGGUGCUCUGGCUCAACGCCUUCGUCCCGACGUUCAUCCGCUUGCUGGACAUCCGCGGCAGGUGGUCCAGGAGCGUCCUCGCUAAGAAGGAGGUGCUGCAGGCGGCAAUGGACUCGCACUUGGAAGGCUCGCGCUUCCACCUCUCCGACAGGUAUACGGAUACGACCAAGACAGUCUUCGCUUGCCUGGCCUACGCCCCCGUCCUCCCGAUCGCUAUGUGGAUCGGCCUCCUCUCUCUGUCGUUGUCGUAUUGGUCCGACAAGUGGCUUUUCGUUAAGGCGUGGCGGACCCCGCAGCCACCGGGCAACAGCGGCCGCGUGGCGAGGCUCGCCAGGAGGCAUCUGGCGCUGGCCGUGCUGGCGCACUGCGUGUUUGCGCUCUACUACUACGCGGGCUGGCCUUUCGACCGCAUCUGCCGCUUCGAUCAAGGUUGGAUAGAGUGCUCGCAAGAGGGCACCGGGCUUAUCGAGGCCGAGACUCAGUCGUGGAUGACGGGGCCGCAGAAGACACUCGUCGACGUGUUCUCCGCUCUUAACGUGGCCUGGCUCGUGAUACUGCUGGUGUUCUACUACCUGCAGUCCAUCAUGAGGGGGAUCUCUCUGGUCGUGAAGGGGGCCCCGCGAAAGCUCCGAUCGAGGCAGCACAUGCCUUUCAGUCAGCUCACCAGCAGGUAUCAGCACGACGUCGAUGCAUACGUACCACAGAUCAAGUCCUCGCACCAGCCCCUGCCGCUGCUGGCGUGCGACCUCGACUUUGUGGAGCCGGAAACUAUCCCGUGGCAGGUGGACGGGCACAAGGGCGACAGCUUCGAGGACUACUGCCUCAGCAGCUCGAGGGACAUGCCGCGGACCUCGCGCUACCAGCGCGCCCGGCUCUUCAGCCUCUGCGUGCACUACCCUCCGCCGGCCCCCUUCGAGGCCAUCGGCAACGGGUGUUGA